AUGAAGCUCAUCACUUUUCACGCAUCAUGGCUAUCCAUAGUCAUCACCAUCUCCGCAUCAGAUCCCCUGUUUGACAGCAAUUACGCCAAGCAGGACAUCAUUUUCCGAGAUGUGGCGGUUAUCGGCGGUGGCGCCACAGGGACCUACGCUGCCAUCAACCUGCGCAAGCUGAAUCAGUCAGUUGUUCUAGUAGAGAGAGAAGCUAUUCUAGGGGGGCACACCAAUAGCUAUACCGAUCCAGCUACCCAAACUACGCUUGAUUAUGGCGUUCAGGCGUACUGGAAUCUCUCCGUCACUCGCGACUACUUCGCGCAUUUUGAUAUCCCCAUAAGCAACUGGGAACCGGAACCAAAAACUACCGUCUACAUAGACUUCAUGACGGGGAAACAGGUUGAAGUUCGGACAAGCAGCAACUACUCGGCCUAUAUCCAGCAGCUAGACAAAUAUCCAUGGUUGGAGUACAGCUGGGACCAAGGGCACCCCGUUGCGGAUGACCUGGUUCUUCCUUUCCGCGAUUUUGUUGCCAAAUAUAAUUUAGUAGACAUCGCGUACACUACUUAUUUCAGCUGCCAAGGUUUCGCAAAUGUCUUGGACCAGUUGACGAUCAAUGUCAUCAAGUUCUUCGACAAGUCUUACAUCGGUGCGCUUACUGGGGAUUAUGUCGCCACGAAGCAGCACAAAAACGACGAGAUCUACGUUAGAGCAAAAGCCGAGCUGGGUCAAGACGCUUUGACCUCAUCAACUGUCAUCGCAUCAAAACGCUCAAAGACUGGCGUCCAGUUGGUAGUCAAAACACCAUCAGGCAAGAAACUGAUUCGGGCGCGCAAGUUGCUUAUUAGCAUGCCCACACGUAUGAGCGACAUGAAACCUUUCGAUGUUGAUGGGAAGGAGUCUAAGGUGUUUUCUCAGUGGAAAUACAGCGCUUACUACGUCAUGCUCGUACACAAAACUGGUUUGCCAGCUGGCUACAAGUUCCUUAAUGCGGACCCCUCCACGACACGUUUUAACAUCCCUCAGCUACCUGCUCCAUAUCAAAUAACUGAAACUCGCGUUCCUGGCCUAUUUUAUGUCUGGUACUCUGCUCCGAAAGAUAUGACGCAGUCCGAGGUGCAAGCGGAUGUAACAACGAUUAUCAAGCGCUUACAGGAUACGGUUAACGGUGCGACAAAGAUCUCACCAGAGUUUGUGAGGUUCAACAGCCAUACGCCCUUCAAGAUGGUUGUAUCUGCUGAGUCGGUUAUUAAUGGAUUCUAUUCAGAGUUAUUUGAUCUACAGGGUUAUCGAAGUACUUGGUAUACAGGAGCCGCUAUGAUGUCUCAUAGCGCGGGCGUUUUGUGGAAUUAUACCAGUCACUUGCUUCCUGAGAUGAUAGCAGCUCCCUGA